AUGUCAGAUCUCAACGAAUCCCCCAUCCAUGUCCCCUCCCUCGGACCCUUCACUCCCUUCCACCCCUCGCUCACAUUCACCAAACUCUGGACUCCAGCCGACGAGCACCAUCUCCAAGAAGAUUACCUCGCCAAAGAUUUCCCCCUCUCCCCAAAUCCUUUCCCACAUACCAUAUACUAUUCCUGGAACCUCCCUGCCCACGAGUUUUCGCAUCCCGAAUCCGAUUACGUAUGGCGCCUCGCGUAUAAACUCUUCCACAAAUCCCCGUAUGAUUUAUUUCCCCGGAUGAAAAUGGGUUCGGAGCUCGAUCUGUCGGAUAGGGGUGUUUGUAAACUUGUCGCGCAGGUAUUGUGUAUACCCGGCGUGGAAGGAGAUGUGGAGUUUUGGUAUUACAUCUUACAAUAUGCAGCGCACUUCGUGUGUAUACGAUGUCCCAGACCGAGGAAAUAUUCGGGGAAGACACGGCAGCCGGAACAUUUGGAUUUUAUGGAAAUUUUAUGGAACAAAUCUGUUUCUGAAAAAUCUGCUAUGAUAAAAAACACAACCCCCACACUCCACCACCGAAGCAAUUCAGAUCCUUCCCUGACAGAUAAGAACAUAAUCCGCAAUCUCAAACUCCUCACUCUAAUCACCACCGCCUGGGAUCUCUACGCUAAACUCAGAAAUCUCCCUCCACUUUCAACCUACGAUUUCGAUAUCCGGCUCCAGCUUGCCGCUAUCGAAGUUGACGAGCGCGUUAGCGUUGCGAGUUUUAGACGAGAGUGGGAAGUGCAGUGGCCGCUUGAAUAUCGAAGGAAUGUGGUGAGGAGACAUGGAUGUGGAUAUGCGUAUUUAUAUCGGAAUGGGUAUGCGCAGGAACUGGUGGAGUUUGUGGAGAGGACUGUGCCGGAGGGGUGGAAUGUGAAGGGUGGGGAUAUUGAUGGGGAUGAGGAUGGGGGGGAGGAGUCGUUUUAUUCGGUAAGGAGUCUUGUGCAGGGGAUUGAGAGGUGUGGGGGUGGAGGCUGGGAGGUGCGGUGUAUUGGGAGACAUUUGGCUAGUGUGAGGGGGAGGGAAUGGCAUUGUUUUAAUGGGGGUGGGGGGUGCCAUGAGGGUGGGGAGGGGAUUUUAUUUUUUCCGGUGUUUAUGAAGAGGGGGUGGAGAGGGGGUGAGCUGUGUAGGGUUUUGGGGGAGGAGGGGAGAUGGGAGAAGAAAAGGGAGAGAAAACAGGAACGGGAAUUGUGGAUUGGAAGAGUAGAUGGGUUUGAUGUGGAACAAGAACGAGAACAAGCACCGCAACAGGAAAAUCAAGUGUGGACUGCGGGACCGGAUGAGGUAUUUCUGGAUCAAAAUGGGGAGUAUGUGGAUAUGGAGAGUGAGGGGGGCUGGUUCAUCACGAAAGAGAAAAGUGAAGCGUUGAGUGGGUGUAGGAAUUGCUGUCGACCGGUUUGUUGUCAGGUGAGACGGAGAUGGAAUGGUGUUUUUGUGAGGACGGUGGUUUGA